AUGAGGCAACGCAUCACAUAUCUCCUUCCAAAUGGCACGGGAGUUGACCCUGCCGACAUCACAGUCAGUGACACGGAGCUCAAAUAUGCCCAAGCACGCGAUGCUGCUGAAGAACGACGGAUAACAAUUGGCUACGAUGAAUUGCCAAAGGAGAUACAAACGAUCCUCAAAGACUUCCACGAACUGCACAUCCGGGUAGCGUCCUGGCAGAACUAUGCUGCCUUCUCUCCUGCCGUUUCGAGGGUCUCGCCGGGUCUACAUGCCUUCUUCACGCCGCUGAAGCACAAGGAUGACACUGUCGAGACAUCACUGUGCUCAACCCUGCACAAGCUCUUCGAUGGCCAAGGAGGAAAGGUCAAGUGCUCAAACGCCUCUAACUCCUUCACCAAACCACCCGUGCUAUCCGAGCGCUUCGCCAGCUCAUCUACAUACCAAUUCAACCACCACCCAACCGACCUCCUAAUCCUCAACGGAAGACUCCAAGCCACCCUAUGCUCUCAACUCGAAGCCUCAUCCCCUCUCCACAAAGUCUGCAAGGUCCUCUCCAGCACUCUAACAGCCGCCUACGUCGACCUCGACUUCGACGUCAUCAGCCACGCCCUCACCCUCACGAUCCUCUGGCCUCCCUCCACCGCCCUAACAGGCCACCACACCAAACUCGGCGCCCGCAAAUUCUCCCCCACAGACCGCCUCGAAGUCGGCAUCAUCUCCCCCGAACUCUCCCCCGAACCCGAGUCCCUCUCCAUGGCCGGCUUCCUCACCGUCAUCGGCGAAGACGAAAAGCCCAAAGCCACCAUGUUCUCCUUCCCAGCGCGCCACCACCCCCUCCCCUUGGACGCCACCUACAACGUCCAAUUCCAAAACCCAACCGGUCUCCACCCCAAACUCGAAAUCACCCUCCCACCCUCCUCCCUCACCCCACCAAAAGAAUCCGCCUCCUGCGCUCUCCACGCCUACUGGACCCUCCCCUCCACCCUCUUCAUCGACAAAUACCAAUUCACCGACUCCCUCUCCCUCGCCUCCCAAAACCUCAAACGCCUACCCUCCAUCUCCGGCGAGCAAGACCUCGAAGCCCCAGAUUGGGUCAUCAACACCUGGGGUUCCGCCUCAUUGUUCGAACUCGCUCACCCCUCCCCCUCCUUGCCUCCCUUAUCCUCGGAUGAACCCUGGACCAUCACAAUCCCAACCCACCUCCGCUACAUCAACGCCACAGGCCUCACAACUCCCUCCAGCCACACCCACCUCUCAGUCCCCUGGCCCGUCGUCUUCUGGGCCUGCCCCGCCGAGGAAGGGCUCAAAAUGGGCACGAAUCCCUUCGACCGGGUGAACCUAGGCUAUGACGGACUGUUUGGGCCGAAGACGAUGUUCUAUCAUCUUAACCCUGCACCACAGACGGAGAAGCAGUUUUUGGUGGAGAAGGUGAUGGUACCGGUGUUGGAUCCCGAGAGCGCGAGUGCGCAGUGGGUACCGAUGGGGACGAUGGCGGUGGUGGUGGUGGGGUUUGCGUGGAUUGUGUGGGCGUUGUUGAGGCCUGUGUCCAAGAACGUUACAGUGGAGAGGAAGGAGAAGUAA